AUGAACGGUCUUGACCUGCAUGGAAGAGGAGGCGGCGCAUCAGCCAUGACUAAUGGUAGCCUCAUAGAGGAAGGCAAGGCAAAGGAGGGUGCCUCACAGCUUCCCCUACAGGUGGUGAUGGCCACUUUGCUGUUCCUCCUCAUCGUCUCUACCCUGCUGGGCAAUACUCUUGUGUGCUUGUCUGUGGUCAGAUUCAGGCAUUUGCGUUCCAAAGUCACCAACUUCUUUGUCAUCUCUCUGGCUGUUUCGGAUCUCCUUGUGGCUGUGCUGGUGAUGCCCUGGAAGGCAGUCGCUGAGGUGGCUGGCUUCUGGCCAUUUGGUAGCUUCUGUGACAUCUGGGUAGCCUUUGACAUCAUGUGCUCCACUGCGUCCAUCCUCAACCUGUGCAUCAUCAGCGUGGAUCGCUACUGGGCCAUCUCCAGCCCCUUUCGCUAUGAGCGGAAAAUGACCCAACGGGUGGCGUUUGUCAUGAUUGGGGUGGCUUGGAUGCUCUCUGUUUUGAUCUCGUUCAUACCUGUCCAGCUGAGGUGGCACAAAGCUGGUGAGCUUCUUCCCGCCCAUGAAAUGGACCCCAAUGUCACACGGAGCCCUGAGGAAAACUGUGACUCCAGCCUCAACAGGACUUACGCUAUUUCUUCCUCCUUUAUUAGUUUCUACAUUCCUGUUGCCAUCAUGAUCGUGACAUACACCAGGAUCUUCCGCAUUGCUCAGCGACAGAUACGGAGGAUUUCUUCUUUAGAGAGGGCUGGGGAGCAUGCACAGAGCUGUCAGAGCCCCCGUGGCUGCCCCCAUGAUGUCUCCUUGAAGAAUUCCUUCAAAAAAGAAACCAAGGUCCUGAAGACCCUCUCGAUUAUCAUGGGCGUUUUUGUCUUCUGCUGGCUUCCUUUUUUUGUCCUCAACUGUGUGGCACCAUUCUGUGACCCCAACCUGGGUAAAUUUCCCUGUGUUAGUGAGUCCAUCUUCAACAUCUUUGUCUGGUUUGGCUGGGCAAAUUCUUCCCUCAACCCCAUCAUCUAUGCCUUCAACGCUGACUUCCGGAAAGCCUUUGCUGCUCUCCUGGGCUGUGGCCAUUUCUGCCUCAGCAAUGCAGUGGAGACAGUGAAUUUCAGCAAUGAGAUGGUCUCCUACCAUCACGACACCACCUGUCAAAAAGACUUGGUCACCCUGAGUUAUCCACACCUUCUCCCCCAUGCGACCUCCCUCCAAGGGGAGGACAAUGACCUUGCUUGUGAUAAGAUCUCCCAAACUUCUCACAAUAACACAGCUGUCUUGUCUGCUGUAGUGCAUAUGGAAUGUGAGACGGACUUAUCACUGGAGAAGAUCACUCCUUUAACCUCUAAUGUGUUGGACUGA